AGCCCUACUGAAGAGUAUGAAUGGUCACGUGGGCUCGCGUGGUCGCGCCCGCGAUCCCCAAUCUUGGGAACCUUCCCCGCGCGCAAGUCGCAACUUUAAUCCGACAACCUCAGCACAUGCCUCCACCUCCACUCCCUUUCAACUUCUUCGUGAGGAUCUAGGACAUAGUUCAUCAUCUCAAAAUCCACAAUGCAACGCAACCGCGACGAUUCUCCCCCGGCCGACGCCAACUAUGACCACGCGCACCGCGCCUUCCUCCAGGCCUUCCUCUCGCAAUCCGUCAUGACCGUCGACGAGAUAAGGCCCAUUCUCGCGAAGAUAAUGACAGCGCAUCACCCCGACCGCCCCAGAAUGGACGGCGACAUAACCCAGCAAGCCAUAACCUCCAUGGUCCAAGCCGUCAACGCCAAAAUCUCCCCUCUCGACUACGAAAUUCGCUCAGCAAAAGAUCAGCACACCAAUAACACGCUGACCUACGCCCUCGUAAACACCACGUCUGACGCGCUCACACAGCUCGCAACGACCUUCACCGCCGACCAGAUCGCAUACAUAAAACGCCUUCUCGACGCUAUGUUCGAUGAGAAUAACACCAGGAAGAGGGAAGUCAUGGCGGUUCGGUCGAUGCGAGCGAUACAGCUGGCCAAAGCACCGCGAAGAGACCGGCAGAGCCAGGCCGGCGGAGAUGCAGACGCGACACAGCUGGAAGCCAACGUGAAAGGGAUCUCGCAAAUCGAAGCAGACACCGUCCUCGCGACGCUCGUAUCGCAAGGCUUCUUCCACAAGUCGCGGCAUGAAUACUACUCUCUCGCGCCCCGCGCGCUUAUGGAACUGCGUGCCUACCUCAAGGAAACGUACAACGACCCGCCGGCGGAGGACGAUGACGAGGACUCCGAGCCCACUAUACGCAUCAGAGACUGCGAGGGAUGCAGGGAGAUCGUAACAGUGGGGCUAAGAUGCAGUAACAGGAACUGCGACGUACGCUGGCACGACAGUUGCGCGACGCAGUAUUUCAAUAGCCAGCAGCGGAACGCAAGGAGAUGUCCCAAAUGCAAGGCAGAUUGGACGGGCGACCAGUACGUCGGCGAGAGAGCGGAUCGGACGCAGAGCAGGAGUAGCACAGGAGGCAGGAGUUCAGUCGCUCAGCGGAUGAAUGAAGACGAGGAGGAUGAUGAGGAUGAGUAGAAAGAAAUAGGCAGCUUGAGCAAGUAGGCGGGCGGCGGGCGACUUGGACCAGAAGAUACCCAGCAUUUCAUAUCCGAUCCGAGCGCAGAGCGUCUCUAUCCCGGAGCAUUCAAAUCCACAAAUAUCGCCCUGAUAGCUCCGCGCCAGCUUCGUCUCGGAUUUACCACCAUCAUCCCGUUCGCAAGCCCCUCCUCCCGUCUGGUUCUGCUCUCCUUCCUCAACCCGUUUCAUCCGUUGCAUCUUCGCCGACUCGGCGUUUCGUUUCGCCAAAUAAGCACCGGACGCGGGUCCUUCCGAGUUAGAGUGCUCUAAUUCCGACGAACCUUCCUAACCACGUGCUUGCUAAGACGAAUUGUCCGAUAAGAAACCCCUACUGUACGGCGGAGAUAUCUGUGCGGGGGACGCGGAGUUGGUGGGUCUGCAGGUGGAGGCC